GGAGAGAGAGAGGAGCGGAGCUCUGUGUGACACCGGGGAAAGAGGCAAAAAAAAGUGACGUUAUUCGAGUUUAACUGCAUUCACCGAGUUAUUUCUUGAGUUUGGCGAAGUUUAAAAAUUGAACGUUUCAUUUCGGAAAGAGUUAUUAAUAAAUAACUUUUUUUUUUAUUAUUAGUUUUUUGCUAGACUCGCUUGCUGGUUUUAACUUUUCUUCUCUGCAAAGAAAAAAGAAAUAGAGAAAAUGCCUGGGAAAUAUAUACUACGUUUGGAUAUAAAGUUCAACAAACUCGCUUGAAGGAGAGGAAAAAAAAUCAACAUUUCUGCAGAAAGAGGGGCUCCGUUUCCAAGGUAACGGAGCGCGCGCCGGGCGGAUGUGUGCGCGCCGCCAUUUUGCGCACAGGUGCUGCUGUUAAUAAGAACUGAAGAAGAAGAAGAACAACAAACAAACGGAAAGAGCUCGUGCGCGGAUUUUGAAUGCCUUUGCGGGGGGUUUGCUGGUGGCUGUGCUGCACGCGAGGCUUCCGUUUGUUGGGGCGCGAGCAUGGAGGGAGAGACGAGCUCGAGGAGGAAGAGGAGGAGGAGGACUCCUUCGAGUUGCGCAAUAAGGAGGAGUGCACGCGCCACUGCGCGCCGGGCCAACUGGAAGUGACUCUUUCUCAGCCGCCUCGAUCAGCCAAUGGCACGCCCAGCCUGUCAGGUGUGUCGGAAGAUAAACUGAUAAACGAGAGGAAAGUGAAGAUGGAGGACGACUCUGAGGUCCUUGUUAAGGGCUGGUUGCUGCGCGAGGUGCAGGCCGGUUGGAUCCGGUACAGGAGGUUCUGGUUCACCCUGACCGCAGACUCUCUGGAGUGUUACAGCGGGCCCGAGAAAGACGCUCGCACCGUGGGCAUGCUGGUCCUCACCUCGCUCUGCUCCGUCCUCUGGCCCGACAAACACACCUUCAAACAGACGGGUUACUGGAGUUUGACCGUGUUUGGGCGGAAACACAGCUACAAACUCUUCACGAAACACUUCAACGAGGCGGUGCACUGGGCGUGUGCGGUACAGAAGGUCAUCGACAGCAAAGCGCCAGUGGAGACGCCGACCCAGCUCCUCAUCCGCGACAUAGAGGAGAACAAGUUCAACCCCGAGGUAGUGGAGCACAUCUAUCAACACAAUCCCAUCCUGGCAUACACACAGAGUCCUCUCUACGCUCCUCUGCUACCUUUCCCCUACGGCAGCCUGGACCACCUACAUCUAGGCGGUAAAGGCUACGUGUCUGUGCGAGAGGAAGCCGUGAGACUCUUUAACUGCGUGCAGCAGCUGGAGUCGGAGCGAGAGCCCGUCCCGCUGAUCCAGGGGGUCCUGCAAACCUGCCUCGACCUCCGACCCCUGAGGGACGAGCUCUACUGUCAGCUCAUCAAGCAGACGAGCAUCGCGCACACUCGCCCGCAGACGCAGACGCACGCCGACACGCAGACGCAGACGGGCGCCCGGCUGCGCUACUGGCAGCUGCUGACCUGCGCCAGCUGCACCUUCCUGCCCAGCAGCCCCGUCCUCCGAUACCUGCGCUUCCACCUCAAGAGGGUGCAGAGCGUGUGCGUGGACACGGAGGUUGAGAGCUACGCCUCGUUCAUCGCCCAGGCUCUGGAGAAGACGCGCUGCCGCGAGUGCGUGCCGUCCUGGGAGGAGAUCCAGGGCCUGAUGACGCGGCAGGAGAUGGUGUGUACCGUGCACUACCCGGGGCCAGGCUGCUGCAGGAUCCCCAUCAGCUCACACACCACCGCUAACGAGGUGGUGAGGAAGGUGGCGGAGCGACUCGGCUUGCAGCACAGCCGCAACACCUUCGCUCUCUUCGAGCAGAAAGACUCCUGGGAAAGAGCGAUCGGGGGCGGGACCAUCAUCGCCGAUGUCAUCACCAGGUUUGAAAAUCUGUCGGUGAAGGAGUCAGAGCCGGAGUGUCAGUGGAGGCUGUGCUUUAAACUCUACUGCCUUCUGGACGCGGACGGCAUCAGCACAGACAGCAUCGAGUAUCUGUUCCUGUACGAACAGUGCCAUGAGAUGGUAGUGCGCGGUCAGCUCCCCGUGUGUGAGGAGGACCUGCUGUCUCUCGCCGCUCUCAGACUGCAGGCCCUGCUCGGAGAUUACGGCUCGCUGGCCCCGUACCCGCCGCUCGAGCAGCUGUACCCGGCGCGCGCGCUGGAGACCCGCGCCCUGCUCCCUCCCCCCGAGGCCCCCGGGUGCCCGUUCCCGGCCGGAAUUCUGGGCGCGCUGUGGGGUCAGAAGCGGCGCGACGGACAGGAGCAGAGAGAGCGCGCCAGGCUGCGCGACGAGGCCACCGCCCUGUCCACCAGCAUCAUGGAGCGCUGGAAGUCUCUGUCCGGGUACAGCCGCGCGGACAGCAUGGCCGCCUACCUCACCAUCGCACGCCAGUGGCCGGGCUUCGGGUGUACGCUCUAUGAAGUGGACUUCUAUAUGAGUUCGAGCGGGAGUUUCUCUCAGCGCCUGUGGCUGGGCGUGGCCGCCUCCUGCGUGUCCCUGUAUCGCCCGGGCGAGGCCGAGGCGCUCGAGUCGCUCCCCAUCGCGCAGAUCUGCUCGUACGGCGUGUCCGACAGCAACACCUUCACCAUCACCGCCACCGACCGCCACCUGCUCUUCCACACCUCCGAGCUGACUGAGAUCAUGCAGCUGAUGAAUGCCUACUUCAGUGCCACCCGACGCCAGCUGGCCAAGGACGACUGCAUCACCAUGGAUACCGGCUCCAAGCUCCGCCCCUCCCUCCUGGAACUGCCCUCUCACCCGGUUUGAAGAGAGCCGGACCUAAAGCCAAACACUCAACCACGAGUUCCCCUAAACCCCCCAUCCAGUCGCUCCGCCCGCUCUGUCCCGAGACGCAGAGACUCGAUCCGUCCCCGAGACGACAGCGAGGGCGGGAUUAACGACCGGCCAGCGGUUCCAGAAUUUCCUUUGAGAAAUAGCCCGAGGGAGAAAAUCUGCUCAGUACGGAAAGGACAACUAGCAAACUCACACACACACACACACACACGAGUCCCGGCGACUGGACGUCCAUUAUUUGCGGACGUGAACUUCAACCGUCCUAUUUUAAAUUUCCUACGAACUAUGGGAUUUAGAGACACUCGCCACAGUGCAUUAUGGGAUUUCAGAACUGCACUUCAGACUUGUACACUAACAAGUGCACCGCAUAGUGGAUAGGGUGUGAUUUAAGACAUGCAGCCAGUGUGUGUGUUUGGGUGCACGAUCAACCCAAAGCAUCGUAAGCGUCUCUCUUAAAUGUUUUAUUUCUCGAUCCAGCAGACGACCAUUUUGGAUCACGGCGACUUUUCACUUUCUUUCUUUCUUGUUACUGAGACGAUGGAGAAAAAUCAUGUCAUCAUCUCUAAAAGAAACGCCAAAUCUCACACACACACUAUUGUUCGCUGUCUGAAACUCGCUUCCAGUUAAUAAAGAAAAAAAAAAGGAUUUCUGUAGGAUGAGCAGCUCACACGCAGCACAGCGCAUAACCUUAGCAGAAUAAUCCACUUAGCAUCUGUUCACAUCAUUUUCCGCUUUUUUGUAUUAUGAUAUGAUAUAAUAUAAUAUGUAUAAUGUUACUUUUUUUGCCUUUUUUUUAAUUUAUGGAUGUCUGUGUAUUUUUUAUGACUUGUUUUUGUAUCUCUUUAAGAAGACGUGUACAAGUGUAUUAUAUUCUUUUUAUUAUUAACCACACCCAGGGCCCAGGAGUAACCAGUCCUGGUGUAUAUAUAUAUAUAUAUAUAUAGUUUGUGUAUAUUAUUUUUAAACCCGUAUCGACAGGGCUAAACAAAAGAAAAAAAACGUGACACGCAUCCCGAUUGGUGAGAAACGCCACAUUUAUUUGACACGGACCAAAUGUUUCAGGGUGAUGAGAAGAGACGGGCGUCGUUGUUGUUUAUUUUUUUUCCGUUUGUUAGUUGUUGUUUUUUUGUUCUUGCCCAAUAGUAAGCACUGACCUCGCAGGUUAAGCUCAAGUCGCGUGUGUUCGUUCCUUCGUUCGUUCGGCUGUGCCUCGGAUACACUCGCCACCUGUGCCUGGAACAAGACGUCUAAAUCGAUCCUGAGAGCAAGAACUGUCGUCAAUUUCAAAAACUCAGCGUCCAAAAUCAUUAGAUAAUACCUUAAGAAAUUAAAAUAAAAAACAAAAAAUGUUGAUGUAACCCAGUGUGGCCCUUGUUACCUGAUCAUAUCACAUCAUAAUCUAUCAAUUCUGCUGAAAUAAAAACAGUUCUUGCUGGAUAGAUUUUUUUUUUCCUCCAUCCCCCCCCCCCCUGUACUGUUUAUUUUCUGUUCCUUUUUUGUGUAAAAAAAACAAACAACCACAAAAAAAAAAGUAUCCUUUCUCAUUCGCCGUCGCUCUUUUGUUCCCCGUCCGAACAGCAUCGCCGCUCUUUUCCGUGCGUCACUUAAGCAGCUGCAGGCAGCUCCGCCCACCGUCUUAAAGCUUCACGCCGCAUAUGCAGUUGAGUCGGGAUGCUGCGCGGUACUGCGCCGUGUUGCGCGUCUGUAGCCAGUUGCACUAUUGUCUGUACAGCUAACGUUAACGUGCAAUAAUAAAGAAUGAUGGUGGAUAUUGUCAUGUGAUUAAAUAAUAAAGGCAGCACCAAAUGGA